AUGUGGAACGCUGUGCGCCCUCUACUGCCAAAGCUGGGCGAUCUUCUGGAAAGUGCGGCUGAAGACGUCGGCCUCACUAUCAGACCUCAAGACGACCCUGGGGACUCGGAUAAUGUGGAUCCCAUUGCAGACCACAUGCCAUGGUCGAGAAUUACUGCAGAUCCUAGUGAAAUAACGUCAUUGGCAAUCCAGACAAUUGCAGUUCUGCGCCCUCAUGUACGGUAUGACGAAUUCAAAAAGGAUUACAACUUCAAAAAGGGUGUGGUCGGUGACGCACAGGACUCCAUUGUCUCGAUUAGCACCAAGGAGGGAUCUCUCGUCUUGCCUGGACGUUCGGAAACGUGGAACUUGCGAGGCCUUGACGAUCUCCUAUUUGCGCGUCCGGGGGACGACCCACCGAUCGAAGCUCUAUUUGAGCCCCGCUACGACAGGAGAUCGGGGCAGACAUAUCUUCCGACAGGGUGGCCAGGACUGUACAUCGCCGAACAAGGCCAAAGGAGGUCUAGACCUGGAUGA